AUGGAAGCUGAGGGCUUAGAAAUACCCUUUGAUUUUAUCAAGCGAGGAGAAGGAUGGAAGGAUCGACUUAGUCGUUUGGAGACCUAUUACUUGGGUAAACUCCCAUAUCCUUUUGCAAGAGGUAUGAGUGGCUUUUGGGGAAAGCCUUUUUUAUUAGCAAGAAAUGGUGCGUCACCACCAGUUGAAUUGAAAAAGAUAAUAUUUUCUUGGAUCAAAGACUAUUUCGGUGUUGGGGAUGCAGAGUGGGUAGCUGUCUCAAAGCGCGGAUUUUCACGACUCUUGAUACGAUGCAGAAGAAUUAUCUUACAAGAUGCAGCCUUUUACUUGUACUUGAACAAAGAAAACAAGCACAUCAACACAAGAAACCUUCCGUUCUCAAGUAACAGCUUCAAAAUGUUUCAGGAGGAUAAUGUAGCUGCCAUUACCAACCCUUCCGUUGGUAGACUAGAAGAGUAUGAAAGCCUUGUUCCUAACAUUGUCGAUACGAACAAAGAGGUAGCCAGCAGAGUGACAGAAGUGAAUCAUCGAAUCAUACGAUUGCAGCAACAACAAGACAGCCGAUUUGAGAAAAACGAAAACUCUUUCAACAACUUCAUUGAACAAAGUAACCAGCAGAAUUUGCUUCUGAUGAACACGACACAGCAACUGGCUAAGGACUUAAAAAUUCUCAUGAUCUAG